CCCUCGGCCAACAACCACGAUGGACUCUCGCUUGGUCCUGUCAGGCCCGUCGCUGGCCAGCAGAGCUGUGCCCUUGGUGGAGCCAAGACCUCGACGUUUGCCCUUCCCUCGACCUGCGUUCGUCGGUCAGCGACAUGUCUCCACCCCGUCGCUCCGUCGCAUGGCCAGCCACGCAAAGGCCACGCCCCAAGGCACCGCGCCGGGCCUGAAUGACUCCGCAUCAUCAUCCCAAGCAUUCCCCCUGUCCGGCUACUACUAUGACAUUCUCUCGAGCAGCUCUCCAUAUCGAGGGCAAGCGUCUUCCUCACGGCCCGUUCCUGGGCAAUCUACCGCAAAAGCAUCCCCCGCGGCUACCGUCGAGCCUCAAUCCCCACAGGACAAAAUGUCCAUUGUAUUCGGUACGCGACUGGCUGGUCCCGGUCGUUCUUCGCGCUACGAUCCCGGGAACACGGCGCCGGAGUCCACCUGGAAAACCGUGAACGGCGUGGCGAUUCCUCCGCGACCCGAGGAGCCUGAUAAUUGCUGCAUGAGUGGCUGCGUUCAUUGCGUAUGGGAUGAUUUCCGCGACGACAUGGAGCAAUGGGCCGCACGAGUCGAGCAGGCCAAGGCCAAAGACACCCCGCAAGGACCGGCGACGGAAAUGCGCCAUAGGCCCAGGACGGAGGUCAAUACGGCCAGUACGAGCAUGGAUGACGAUGGCGGUGGCAGCGACACGAAUUGGCCCGUUCCUGAUCAGACGGAGGAUGUCUUCGCCAACAUUCCAGUAGGGAUCCGGGAGUUCAUGAAGACGGAGAAGAAGUUGAAACAGAAGCAUCGGCAAGAAAGCGCCUCGUCCUGACUCAUUCCAUCCCCAAGCAUGGUCAGGGUACGAUUACCUGGGGAGUUUGGUUGGAUAGAGCCAUAGAUUAUUUAGUAUAUUAGAUGCAUGUAUAUACCAUUGCCAAUUCAAUGAUGCAACGAACAAGAUAGGAUACUCAAUC